GAAGGCCUGCUGGACCACUUAGAGCACACGGAAUCCUUAGAGCCCUCCAACAUUGUGCUGUCACUGUUCUCUAUAGAAACAGUGAUGUCAUCAAGAAGUAGCUCUGGUACCAGCUGGCAGUCAAGGCUUUAGGAGGGCAUGGAGAGUUGAAGAAAAGACCAGCAUCUUGAGGCAGACUGGAAGAAUCAUUGCAGCAUCCAAAUUGACAAGAAAACAUCAUUCAAGGGUCCUACAUGAUGGCGUGCUUUGAUACUGCAAUGAUGUUUGAUGAUAUUGACUGGUUACACAGCUCCAGGAGUAUGUGCAAGGUAGACCUCUACAAACCAGCAGAACAGCAAGAUCAGGACCGGAAAGUGGUAUGCUUUGUUGAUGUGUCCACCGUGAAUGUAGAAGAUAAAGACUGCAAGGAUGCUUCUGGUUCCAGCUCACAAGACAGCUUAAACCUGGAAAAUAUGGAAGAAAAAGAGAUUAUUAUGAUCAAGGAUGCUGAGAAGAAAGACCAGUCUAAGACGGAGGGAUCUGUGUGCCUUUUCAAACAAGAUUCCUCUGAUCCCAUAAGUGUCCUCCACUGGCUUCUCAGUGAUCUCCAAAAGUAUGCCUUGGGUUUCCAACAUGCACUGAGCCCCUCAACUUCUAACUGUAAACAUAAAGUAGAAGACACAGAGGACGGAUAUAACAGACCAUCCUCUGGGAACUGCUACAGUGUCUAUACCGAUCAAGUGAACAUAGAUUUGCUGAACAGACCUCAAAACCUACAGCUAGAGAUGGCAGCAGCUAAAAACACCAACAAUAAUCAAAGUCCUUCAGCCAAAUCUCUUAGCACUCAGAGAGCAGUCAUUUCCCCUGAUGGAAAAUGUUCUUUGGAUGAUCUUUCCUUCUAUGUCGACCGACUAUCUUUUCUGGUAAUCCAGAUGGCCCGUAAGGAAAUCAUGGAUAAGUUGGAAGGUAGAAGCAAAUGCCUUCAUCAUUCCAUUGUUCCAUCCCCUACUGUGAGCAAGAUUGCUUCUGAAAUGGCCCAUGAAGCCAUGGAACUGACUGCUGCAGAACUGUGUGGCACUGAGGAGGAGUGCAAGGAAGGAGUGCAAGGAAGCUUUCUAUAUAAUGAACUAUGCAACAAAAACAAAAGUGGAGACAAACAGAUAUGCCAGAGAGAUAGCCAAGAAUUUGCAGAUUCCAUCAGCAAGGGAUUUAUGGUUUAUGCAAAUCAGGUGGCAACUGACAUGAUGUUCUCCACCAUGAAGACCUUGAAAGUGCACAGCUCUGGGAAGCCAAUUCCAGCAUGUGUGAUCCUGAAGAGGGUGUUGCUAAAGCAUACCAAGGAAAUUGUGUCUGAUUUGAUUGAUUCCUGCAUGAAGAACCUACAUACUAUUACUGGGGUCCUGAUGACUGACUCAGACUUUGUCUCGGCUGUCAAGAGAAAUCUGUUCAACUAUGGGAAACAAAAUGCUGCAGCCAUCAUGGAGGCCAUGCUGAGGCGCUUGGUCAGUGCCCUUAUUGGUGAGAAGAAGGAGACUAAGUCUCAGAGUCUGUCAUAUGCAACUUUAAAAGCUGGGUCCUAUGAUCCCAAAUAUGAUAACCAGAGUCUUGAACUCUCAACCAUGAAAGCUGAAAUGAAAGGGAAUGACAAAUGCAAAAUGAAAUCAGACCCAUGCAAGUCACUCACUAGUGCUGAGAAAGUCGGAGAACACAUCCUCAAGGAGGGCCUGACCAUGUGGAACCAAAAGCAAGGAAACCCAUGGAAGAUGGCUACCAAAGUAUCCUGCAAUAAAGAUGAGAAAAGAGAAAUGAUCAGUGCUUCCACAGAUUCACUGGCCAAGGACCUGAUUGUCUCUGCCCUUAAGCUGAUCCAGUACCAUCUGACCCAGCAGGCUAGGGGCAAAGAUACAUGUGAAGAAGAGUAUCCUGAUUCCACCACCAGCUAUAUGGCUCAGAGUACUCAAUAUGAGAAGUGUGGAGGUGCCCAAAGUGCCAAAGCACUUUCAGUGAAACAUCUAGAAUCUCACGGAGACCCUGGAUCAUCCACCAGUCUAAAGGAGAACCAAGGCAUAGACUCCCAGAAAAUGGACAUGUCAAACAUCGUUCUAAUGCUGAUUCAGAAACUGCUUAAUGAGAGCUCCAACUGUGAGGAUCCAUGUGAAGGUGAGAACAAGCAUUCAGAGCCUAAGGUAAACAAAGCAACUUCCAUGUCCCAGAGACCUGAUAAAGGAGAAGAACAAUGCCAGGACCAUCAAGAAUUUGACUUUACCAGUGGGAUAAAGCAAAUGAACCAGCAUUUUAUAGAUCGACUGGUAGAAUCUGUGAUGAAGCUCUGCCUUAUCAUGGCUAAGUAUACCAAAAAUGGGGCAGCCCUCGCUGAGUUGGAAGAACAAGCAGCCUCAACAAGUAAGCCCAGAUGCUCUCACAAUAAUGCAAUGCCACAGAACUAUCAAGACUCUCCUGGACAUGAAGUAAUUGUCAAUAAUCAGUGCUCCACAAAUAGCUUGCAAAAGCAGCUCUGUGCUGUCCUGCAGUGGAUUGCAGCCUCCCAGUUUAACGUGCCCAUGCUCUACUUCAUGGAAGAUGAUGAUGGACAACUGGAAAAGCUUCCUCAGGUUUCAGCUAAAGCAGCAGAAAAGGGGUACAGUGUAGGAGGUCUUCUUCAAGAGGUCAUGAAGUUUGCCAAAGAACAGCAACAGGAUGAAGCUAUGGGAAACGUGGCUAGGAAACAGUUGCUGGACUGGCUGCUCACUAGCCUGUGAACUGACAACUUCCUUGACUCCUCUUCGUCUUUGUCCCCCUAGCAGCAUUCCAUCCCAGCCAGAGCACUCCCACCAUGAGGCCAGUCGGCUACACAAUACCCAACUGUAUUUCCUAAUACACUUGAGCAGUUGCCUGGGCAUGUAAGAGGUGUCAACAAACGGAAA